AUCUUCGCUGUCAACGUAUUUCUUUCACCAUUCCCCCCUUUUCUCUCUCUCUCGGCAUACACGAUGACGGACUCGGAUUCCUCCUCUAUCGUCCGCCUUAAUAUCGGAGGGAAGAAGUUUUGCACUACUGUUGAUACUUUGACUCAGCGAGAACCGUAUUCAAUGCUUGCUGCAAUGUUCAGUGGUAGGCAUACUGUGUGCCAGGACCCUGAAAAGGGAUUUGUGUUUGUUGAUAGAGAUGGCAAGCAUUUUCGACACAUCCUGAAUUGGUUAAGGGAUGGUGUUGUUCCCAUAUUAAAAGACUCUGAAUAUUCAGAACUUCAGCGGGAGGCAGAAUAUUAUCAGUUACUGGGACUUAUAGAAGGAAUCAAUGCUGUCAUCAUAAAUAAAAGGAAGGAAGAUGAAGAUCUAACUACUGAGCUAACACGUACAGAUAUCAUCAAGUGUAUACAAUCUGAGAGAGUCAGAUUUCGAGGCGUUAAUCUUUCAGGCCUUGACCUUUCGAAACUGGAUCUGUCAUAUGUGGACUUCAGCUAUGCAUGCAUUAGAAAUGUAUUCUUCUCACGUGCAAACCUACAGUGUGCUAAGUUCCGGGAUGUGGAUGCUGAGGGAGCAAUCUUCCAUAAUGCAACUUUGAGAGAAUGUGAAUUUACUGGGGCCAAUCUCCGUGGAGCUUUAUUAGCUGGUGCUAAUCUUCAGAGUGCAAAUUUACAAGAUGCAUGUUUAAUAGACUGCAGCUUCUGCCAGGCAGACCUCCGUUCUGCACACUUACAGAAUGCUGAUCUUGCAAAUGCGAAUUUAGAGGGAGCUAUACUGGAAGGAGCCAAUUUGAAGGGUGCCAAGUUGAGUAAUACUAAUUUACGGGGUGCAAACCUUCAACGAGCUUAUUUACGAGAAGUGAAUCUGAGAGAUACGCAUUUGGAAGGUGCGAAGCUUUAUGGUGCCAAUUUACUUGGAGCAAUCAGGUGAUACUGGAGCAGUCGCAUUUAGAUACGUUUGAGUGGAUUGCUGUUGCCUUUGUAUUUGUGUAUAAUAUAAUCUUAUGACACCCCCUUUUCUGGAAAUAUUAUGUGCCACAUGAUGACUCUAGUAAAAAAAUAAAAAUUCAAAAAUUCAAAAAAAAA